GAGAGCUCGGGGAGGAGAGCGGGAUCAGGUGCAGGACAGACAGGUAGCUCCUUACUGGGAUCUGGUGGAGAGGGAAGGACUCCUUUCUUAGCCAAAGGACUCCAGUGAUAUCUGGAAUGGACACCCUGGUGUCUUUUUUUAAUUUUUGCUCACAAGAUGAAGCCAGUGUGCAGUGAUGUGAAGAAACAGCUUUGAAUGAAGACAUGUUUUUCCCCUUCCUAAGCUGCUCUUCCUUCAGAUCAUGAUGGGACGAAGGUCACAUAGGCGACCUGGGCUUUAAGGAGUCUACCGAAUGACUGACGCACUUGAGCCAGAAGCUGAGUUAUCUGAACACGAAUCCUUUAAGGGACUCAGAACUCAAUGACAUGCUCGGACUCUUCUUGGAAUGACUCACGGACUGUACGUAUAUUACCCUUGACCCAGGUGGAUGCCCCUGCUCUCCAGAAACCCUCCUCACUGCAGAUGCGUGGCACACGAUGACGUACAGGGUCGGGGAAGCCCACAGCAUGGGUUUUCAAGUGUUUGUGCCUUUCAGUCCCUGGAGCUGGUUGCUAUUGCUGGUGGCCCUCAAGUGUCCUGAAGCAUCUUCUGAUUUGAACGAAUCCACAAAUUCCACUGCCCAGUGUGAACCUAACGUUCGGUUUGCUGCUGCAGGCUCAGAGCCAGAUGAGAAGAUAUCUGUUUUUGCACUGGAUUAUGACUAUGUGCAAAUUCCUUAUGAGGUCACCCUCUGGAUACUUCUAGCAUCCCUUGCAAAAAUAGGCUUCCAUCUUUACCACAGACUGCCAGGCCUUAUGCCAGAAAGCUGCCUCCUCAUCAUCAUUGGGGCUCUGGUGGGCGCCAUCAUCUUUGGCACUGACCAUAAAUCUCCUCCUGUCAUGGAUUCAAGCAUCUACUUCCUGUAUCUCCUUCCACCCAUUGUCCUGGAGGGUGGUUACUUCAUGCCCACCCGGCCCUUCUUUGAGAACAUUGGCUCCAUUUUGUGGUGGGCAGGCCUGGGGGCCCUGAUCAAUGCUUUUGGCAUUGGCCUCUCCCUCUACCUCAUCUGCCAGAUCAAAGCCUUUGGCCUCAGUGAUGUCAACCUGCUUCAGAACCUGCUGUUUGGUAGCCUGAUCUCGGCUGUGGACCCUGUGGCCGUGCUGGCUGUGUUCGAGGAGGCGCGUGUGAACGAGCCACUCUACAUGAUGAUCUUCGGGGAGGCCCUUCUCAAUGACGGCAUUAGUGUGGUCUUAUACAAUAUAUUAAUUGCCUUCACAAAGAUGCAUAAAUUUGAAGACAUUGAGCCUGUCGACAUUUUGGCUGGAUGUGCCCGAUUCGUUAUUGUGGGGGUUGGGGGAGUCUUUUUUGGCGUCAUUUUUGGGUUCAUUUCUGCGUUUAUCACACGUUUCACUCAGAAUAUCUCUGCAAUUGAACCACUCAUCGUCUUCAUGUUCAGCUACCUGUCUUACUUAGCCGCUGAGACACUCUACCUCUCUGGCAUCCUGGCGAUCACGGCCUGCGCAGUAACAAUGAAGAAGUAUGUAGAGGAAAACGUGUCUCAGACGUCCUACACGACCAUCAAGUAUUUCAUGAAGAUGCUGAGCAGCGUCAGCGAGACCCUGAUCUUCAUCUUCAUGGGGGUAUCCACCGUUGGAAAGAACCACGAGUGGAACUGGGCCUUCAUCUGUUUCACCCUGAUCUUCUGCCAGAUCUGGAGAGCCAUUAGCGUAUUUGCUCUCUUCUAUGUCAGUAACCAGUUUCGGACUUUCCCCUUCUCCAUCAAGGACCAGUGCAUAAUUUUCUACAGUGGUGUCCGAGGAGCUGGAAGUUUUUCACUUGCAUUUUUGCUGCCUCUGUCUCUUUUUCCUAGGAAGAAAAUGUUUGUCACUGCUACUCUUGUAGUUAUAUAUUUUACUGUAUUCAUUCAGGGAAUUACAAUUGGCCCACUGGUCAGGUACCUGGAUGUUAAAAAGACCAAUAAAAAAGAAUCCAUCAACGAAGAGCUUCAUAUUCGCCUGAUGGAUCACCUGAAAGCUGGAAUUGAAGAUGUGUGUGGGCACUGGAGCCACUACCAAGUGAGAGACAAGUUUAAGAAGUUUGAUCACAGAUAUUUACGGAAAAUCCUAAUCCGAAAGAACCAGCCCAAAUCAAGCAUUGUCUCUUUGUACAAGAAGCUGGAAAUGAAGCAAGCUAUUGAGCUGGUAGAAACUGGGAUCCUCAGUACCACAGCCUUUUCCGUACCGUGCCAGGCCCAGAGGAUACACAGAAUCAAAAGGCUUUCCCCUGAAGACGUGGAAUCCAUGAGGGACAUCCUGACACGCAAUAUGUACCAAGUUCGACAAAGGACCUUGUCCUACAACAAAUACAACCUCAAACCCCAAACGAGCGAGAAGCAGGCUAAAGAGAUUCUGAUCCGCCGCCAGAAUACCUUAAGGGAGAGCAUGAGGAAAGGCCACAGCCUGCCAUGGGGAAAGCCGGCUGGUACCAAAAACAUUCGUUACCUCUCCUUUCCCUAUGGCCACCCUCAGCCGGCAGGAAGAGACACGAGGGUUGCUGAACUCACAGACAAUGACAGCAGCGAUUCAGAACUCCCAUCCAUCAUGUUCAAAGCACACUCUCGAACAGGGAUACUUCAGCAAAGACGGCUGACGCAAGAGAUAAUCCCAAUGAAGAGCUUACCCAGAGGAGGGAAACCAUCCCACUUCGGUUAUCAGAGAAACACCAGCCAAGAAGAGCAUGAUGGCAGAGGCAGAAGGGAGGCGCUACGGCCCAAACCGCUGUUCCACGCCGUAGAUGAGGAGUUUGAAUCUGGAGAGGAGAGUGGAGAGGAGACCUCAGCAAUCAGAUCCAGAUGGUCAGGGGAGCACAGACCCACUAGGCAACAUCACAGGUCCCACAGUCCUUUGCUCCAAAGAAAAUAGUUUCAUCAUCCACACAGUAGUCUCCAUGUA